AUUUGUACCCGUAUGGUUGUGUCAAGUUCAAGUGCAGGAAUUCGGCCUUGGCAUGCCGAUCUGUCCCAGAAAGAGAAAUCAGCACACAGAGCAUACGACUCGAGCAUAGAACAGAACCCCAUUUAGAAAUGUUUCAAGAUCACGCGAUGUCAGCGAAAAUUCCGGCGAACUGAAUAAAAAACGAAAUCGAAAAUCGAGCGACUGUCACGAAGCGGAGAAACAUCUACAAUUUCACCUGGUCAGCGUAUAAAAAGCGUCGCGCGUUGCAAUCGUACAGCCACAACCAACCCAAUUCGAGAGCCGCCACGACCAUGACACCGGAAAUUAUGAAAACUCGGAGCCUCUACGCCUACACCAUAGCCCUAAUCUUGGUUUGGCUGGCAGUCCUUCAACUACAUAUGGCUGCUGCAGUGCCUGAAACCACCGAGUCUACGUCCGUACUCUCCACUACAUCGCUGCCAGCGGCAUCAUCUAGCAAUGCCAAUCCCCUGACGGAGGCCAAGCACGAGCGGAACUGCAAAGCCCUCUGCGAGCAUUGCGGCUGUUUGGGCUUCUACUGCGGCGAAGAGUGUCUCUGUGAGUGCAACAACGAGAACUCGGACACGGAAUGCAUUCGCACCAUGCAGGUGAACGCGAAAACACUGAACACUCCCUUCCAGAUCCUCAUCCAGGGCCCCAGCAGCAACCGCUUCGUGCGCAACGCCCAGCAGUUUGAGCAAAGGCGCGAUCUGGUGGCCAGGAGCGCCACUGGACCGAAGACAGCUCGUAAUCGUCGAAACACCAUCACCAUCUACAAGCCCUCCAGGUCGGCGGGCAAGCAAACAGCCAGCCAGCUGACGGCUAACGCUCUCGAAACAGUCUCGAAGGGGGCCAAGGAAUCGGAGCUAGCAAGGCAUAAGCGAUCGGUAGAUCACCUGGAGUGGUUCAACGAUUUCGCCAGCACAAUGGUGCGCCCUUCUCCUCUGGGGACACGUGGCCAGAAGCAGCGGGAGUCCAAGCCUGCGGCAUUCAAACGCCAAGCCGCUCCAGUGGAGCCUGUCGCAGUUACACGUCGUGAACCUUGGUUCUUUGAGCAGAGUGGAACUCCGCUCCUACGUCCUGCGCCCCUACAGAAGCGACAGCAGGCGAAUCGUGACAGCAAAAGGUUCUGGAAAAGCAAGAAGACUGCGUCCCGCAAAGCCGCAUCCUUUGAAGAGUCACAGAGAGAAGCAGUGAAGUCUGGACGGGACAUUAGACCACUGAGAGAUGCAAUGCACGUGGUGGAGCGUAUUCCGCGCGUCCUUCAGGACACUGUGAGCCAUUUGUCAUCCGACAACAACAGCGGCGAUGUCUUUAGCCUGAACAUCAUGAACGAUGACGUUGAGCCCAAGGAGCCGGCGCCCAUUCCUCGUCGUCACAGGGCCCGCCUCAUGAGCAAAUCCCGCAACGAUAUUGAACCAGAAGCUGUGACCCUAGCACCUGCAGGAGGUUUCGCUCCUCCCGCUCCACUGAUACCCCAGCGUGGCCUCCUCUUCCCUUGGCUGCGGCAGCAGCGUUUGAGGCGUCUUCAGCAAGCUCGCGGAAAUCAGUAGAACACAAACAUAGCGCGUUUUUUAUUAUCUUUGUUGCAUAUUUUUAAGUAUUCUUCGAGCAAUAAAUUUUCAGGCGUUAAAUUUUUAAAAUCGA